AUGGCUGGAAUUGAGAAGCGAGUGCAAUGGCUGAACCUCCAGUUGAAUUUGCUGGCCCUUACCUUCUUCCUGAUCGGGGGCCUGUUGCUGUGGGCCUGGUACUACGACCAGCUACCUCCAGAAAAGCAACAUGAGGUGUACCAUACCGCGCUGCUGGUAUCCAUACCCGUCGUGGCGCUGUUUUUCACUUGGUUCCACAUAUGGCUAGCUAUCAAGAUGAUGUUUCUUCCCCUCAGGUUUUUUGGCAUCUGGCAGUACAGUGACACAGGAAUUGGUAUUGGAUGGCAAGGUGUCAUUCCUAGGAAGGCCAAGAAGAUGGGCAAGAUUGCUUUCAAUUGCGCGAGGCCCUAUCUGAUGGGCCCCAAGGAUUGGUUUGCUCGAGUAGAUACGAGCUUGCUUUUCGCAAAGAUUCAUCCCAUGUUGGAGCGCGUCGCAAGGGCUUCCAUGGCAAGCGUGAUGAGGCGUCACUUCCCCUCCAUGCUAGCAAAGGAUGGACGGUUACCUGCGGGCGUGGAGGAUGAGCUGGUCUCCAUUGUCAUGGAGAAAGUUGAGGAGAGCUUCCCGGAAAUGUGGCACAAGGUCACGGACAAGCUGUGUGACCCAGUGAUAGGUCUGGACAAUGAUGGCAUGAUUGUGUCCGUUUUCAAUGAGCACAAGGAGCUGUUGAAUCACUUCUUCCUGUCUAUGGGAGACAAAGAGUUCCGUUUCAUUGAGCGAUGUGGAGCAGCGUUGGGCUUCGUGUGUGGUCUGAUUCAGCUGCUUGCUUUCAACUGCCUGGACGCAACAGGCAGGAUGAUCCUAUUGCCCGGAACAGGAUUCUUCUUGGGCAUCUUCACAAAUUGGCUGGCAAUUCAGAUGUGCUUCAAGCCCUGCCAUCCGCGCCCAGUUCGAGUGUUUGGGUGGUACUUGGGCAGCAUCCAGGGCCUCUUCCUGAAGCGACAGAGGGAUGUCGCAACGCUUUAUGCCAAGCUGCUGGUAGACCACUUCUUCGAUUUUCACAAGGUGAUUGCAUACCUGCAAACGAUCCCUGUUUGGGCAGAUUUGCAGGACAUCUACAACGAGAACAUUCAAAACAUGAUGAAGCAGACCAUGGGCAAGUUAGUCACAUGGAUUGCGCCCGUUGCUGUGGGCUCGCACAAACUUCGGGCAGUGGAGGAUGACUUGGUUGGUGCAUCUGCAGAGCGCAUUGCAGAGAACGAUGAAUUACAGCAGGCGGCUUCGCAGUACCUGGCCAUCGCGACCGAUGUCUUCAGGUCCAAUGCUGUGGCCAUGCAAAAAAUGCCGCCGGAUGAGUUUGAACGGCUCUUGCACCCCGUCUUCCAAGAAGACGAGCGGCUGUCUCAGUGUGGGCAAACGCGAGGAGGAUAA